UGCAUCUCCCCGCUCCCCCGAGCUGUUGCUUCGCUCUCUGGCCUCUUUUGUUUUUUUUUUGUUUUUCCCAAUUAAGGCAGCCGCCCGGAAAGAAGGCUGCUGCUUGGGGAGUAUGCGGGGAGUCUGUUGGUGCCGCCGCCGCCACUGCUGCUGCUGCUUGCCCGGAGGCAUUCAGAUUCAGCCUCCAUGCGCCUCAAAACUGCCUCUCCGAGGUAGAUUUGUUCUGCUGCUCUUGCUGCUGCUGCUGCUGCCGCCAAGAAUCACUACUGGCUGCUUUGCUCGCACAUUCAUCACCCUUCAAGCUGUUGCUGCUAUUGUUGCUCCUCUCCCUCCUCCUCCUCCUCCUUUUCCCUCCUGCUCCUCCUCCUCCCACUAUAUGGCUUUGGAAGAAGAGAGAGGUGGUGUGUCUGGCUGCUUUAAGAGACGCGGUGUGCCUUUUCACCCCCCUUUUUUUCUGCCCUGAAGCUUGUGGCGAGGCCGAAACCUCUUGUAACGUUUCAGGAUCGGAUCAGCAGGACGCGGGGUCUGAUAGCUGCCGGCGGGGAAGAAAAGCAUGCCGGUUUUCUUUUCCCUUCGGCCGCUGCUGCUGCUGCUGCUGCGCUAUAAAGGGAUAGCUUUAUAGCAAGUGCAGAAGAAGGAGCAGUUAAAGGAUACAACAUGAAGGUUAAAAGAAUCCACAUUUGAUGACAUCAACUUGGAGUAGCCUGAUUGUUCAUUUUUCUUUGACGUUUUCCUCUAAUCAAAUUUAGAUGUUCUUAUCCUUUUCAUCUUUCAUACAGUAUUUAUUAAUUCCAACAUGGAUGCAAGCAAGAAAGCAGACCCUCCAGUCUUAGUGGAAACAAUACAGCAGAAGGCAAAUCCUGAUCGCCACCCUAUCCCAUCCAUUUAUGUACCAGAACAAGGUGGUUACAAGGAAAAAUUUGUGAAUGCAGUCGAAGACAAAUACAAAUGUGAAAAAUGUCAUCUCAUUUUGUGCAAUCCAAGACAGACAGAAUGUGGGCAUCGCUAUUGUGAGACCUGCAUGAGUUCUCUGUUCAGUUCCACAAGUCCAAAAUGUACAGCAUGUCAAGAAACAAUAGUGAAGGAUAAGAUAUUUAAAGAUAAUUGCUGCCGAAGGGAGCUUCUAGCCCUUCAGAUAUUCUGCAGAAAUGAAAACAAAGGUUGUCGAGAUCAAUUGACCUUGGGACAGUUGCUGACACAUCUAAGAAAUGACUGUCUCUUUGAAGAACUUCCAUGUCCUCGUACUGAUUGUAAAGAAAAAAUACUGAGAAAAGAUUUACCAGAUCAUAUAGAAAAAAACUGUAACUAUCGUGAAACAACAUGUAAAUACUGUAAAAGCCAAGUACCCAUCAUUAUGAUACAAAAACAUGAAGAUGCAGACUGUCCUUGUGUUAUGGUUACAUGUCCUCAUCAGUGCAGUGUUUCAGCACUCCUCAGAAAAGAGUUGAAUGCACAUUUGUCAGAAUGUAUUAAUGCCCCAAGUACCUGUAGUUUUAAGCGUUAUGGCUGCACUUUUCAGGGAACAAACCAGCAAGUUAAAGCACACGAAGCCACCUCAGCAGUGCAGCAUGUAGACUUAUUGAAAGAGUGGAGUAAUUGUCUAGAAAAUAAGGUGGCCAUGCUCCAAAAUGAAAGUUUGGAAAAGAACAAGAGCAUACAAACUUUACAUAAUCAAAUUUGUAGCUUUGAAAUAGAAAUUGAGAGACAGAAGGAAAUGCUGCGAAGUAAUGAAACUAAAAUACAUCACUUGCAGCGGGUAAUAGAUAGUCAAGCUGAGAAGCUGAAAGAACUAGACAAGGAGAUUCGACCUUUCCGACAGAACUGGGAAGAAGCAGACAGCAUGAAGAGUAGUGUUGAGUCCCUCCAGAAUAGGGUGACUGAAUUGGAAAGCAUUGAUAAAAAUACUGGACAAGGAGCUAGAAAUACAGGUCUUCUAGAAUCACAGUUAUCUAGGCAUGAUCAAAUGCUAAGUGUUCAUGACAUCCGUCUGGCUGACAUGGACCUCCGAUUUCAAGUCCUGGAAACAGCAAGUUACAAUGGAGUAUUAAUCUGGAAAAUUCGAGAUUAUAAACGUCGAAAGCAAGAGGCUGUUAUGGGGAAGACUUUGUCCUUAUAUAGCCAACCAUUUUAUACAGGAUACUUUGGCUAUAAGAUGUGUGCCAGGGUUUACCUCAAUGGAGAUGGGAUGGGCAAAGGGACGCACUUGUCUUUGUUCUUUGUUAUAAUGCGGGGAGAAUAUGAUGCAUUGCUUCCUUGGCCAUUCAAGCAAAAGGUCACCCUUAUGUUGAUGGAUCAAGGACCUUCUCGGCGCCACUUAGGAGAUGCAUUCAAGCCAGACCCCAACAGCAGUAGUUUCAAGAAACCCACUGGGGAAAUGAAUAUUGCAUCUGGUUGUCCAGUCUUUGUUGCACAAACUGUUCUAGAAAAUGGAACAUAUAUUAAAGAUGAUACUAUUUUUAUUAAAGUCAUAGUGGAUACUUCGGAUCUACCAGACCCCUGACAUAUAGCAGAAAGGCAGAUUCAACAGAAGACAACUCCAUUUGGGGCUCUUUUUUAUAUCUGUCUUCAAUGAGAGGUCCUUAAAGCUCAGAGAGGACCACUUUAUGUUAACAGAGGAAGAGUUUGGAGGUAUAACUUGCAUAGGGUCCAAUGGCAAACAUAGCAACCCAUUAAGAAACCAUAACUGUGGUGUAUUUUCUAAACUAAUAGGAACACUUCAAGUUCUGACAAGUUACUUAAUCCUCAUGAAGACAAAGAUCACUGUCAGAAAAGCUUUUUGUAAUUUAUUGACAAUAAUUUGGGAGAGGAAAAAAAAGUAUCAUGCUGAAUACGACAUCAGACUUUACUUUCAUUUUAACUAGAAAAUAAAAGUUCACAUGUGGGUUAGCUAGAAACUGUCAGCAUGUUAAGUAAAAAAAAAUUAUGAAGUAUUGUUGCAGUUAAAGAUAUUAUUACUUUGAACAUCUAAGUGCAAUGUUGUCUGAAAUACAGUAUAUUGUCUAUUUUUAAGGCCUCAUCUGGUCUCUGUUUUAAAAAUUACUUUGUCAGAAGACCUUGACAAAAAUGUCUAGAUCUUCUUAAAAGUGUCUAAAUCAGAGUCAUAUUUUUGUUUAGAGUUCUAUUAAUUGCUACAGAAAACAUUUUAUUUUAAAACUGUUGAUAGACUGAUAUUUCUUGGAAGAAAAAAAAGAUCAAAUGCAGGUUAUCACUUGUGAUAUGAAAAGAAACUAUUCAAUACUGCUGUUAUUUCUCUUUAGAAAUGUAAACCUACAAUAUAUGUCGUAGUUAAUGACACUAUUUCAAAAUUAAGAAAAAAAAUCACUCAUGGAUGCUGUGCAUCAUUAUCAGAUUUAUAAUUUUCACCCUAAAAUAGGGCAUUUGUUGAACUUUGGAGUUCUAAAUGGAAUCCUGUAUGUUUUUAAAGUUCUGCCUCAUGCGCUCAGACCAAGCUCUAUAAAAUAGAUGUGUGUAUAUAAACAUAUUAUAUUAUAUUUUUUGCUAAAGCAUAAAUGUGCAACAUAUUUUUUGGGUUUGAGAGGAGGCGUAGUGCUGAGUAAUACCUAUAUGGGAAACUGCUAAUUAAUCCUCUAGGUAGAAAUUUUUUCUACCGUUUCUUACAGAGGAUAUCCGUUAGGAGAAAGCAGUGUCUUAAUGGAAAUACGGUGGCGUGCAUGCAUUCAUGUGCCUUAGCUGUGACGUGCUGCUUUAUAGCUCAUAGUUUUGUAUUCUGACUUUAAUUUCAGAUUCUUAGAAUACUUGUUUUAACUGGACUUUAGGCAUAAUGUGCUGACUGAUCUGUAAAACCCACCAAUAUUUUGCAGCAUACAAAAAUGGAAACCCAGAUGUGUGUCUGGCUUGCCAGUGUUUCCAUCAAUGAAAUACUACUUAUUCAGGUGCUAUAUUUUUGUUCACAGUGCUCCUAUGGAGCUAAGACUUCUGACAGUGCCCCUUCCCUUCAGUUUCCAAAGCAGUAGUGAAACUGCUGCAAGAUAAAAUGCCUCAAAGUAGCAGAGCUAAUCAUUUCAAUUUGGCUCAAUUCAGAAUUGUGAGAGAAUAGAUUUGCUAGCCAAUUCACAGUGAUGGUUUUCUGGCAAACUGACACCUAUCCCUGCAGGGAAACCCACAGGAGCCUCCUACUUAAACAACUACCUGAGCUUUACUAGAAAGCAUUCUCCAGCCUUUAAAUCAUGCUGAUUGCAACCCACAGAAUUUACUGACUUCUGUUUUAAUAGUCCUUUGUGAGACUAGUAAGUCUAAUGGCAUAGCUUGAGCGUACACCAACCAUGUGGGUGCUGCUUAAUUGCAUGGGUGCUGUGUAACCUGAAUGCUCCCCUAGAACAAACUGAUGUGGACCUGGAAAAAGGAAUUGUGUGGCCUGUUGUCUAGCCAGUGAUGUUACAUCCAUUGAGCUUUCCUCUUAGGUUGGGCAUUAUAGACAGAGUUCAUGUCUAGGACUCAGUUGAAUUGUCAUGUUUCAUUGUUGUGUUUCUUGCCCUUGCCAUUGGUCUUUAUGGCUGUGCCUUCCUACCCAGUGCCUGCAAGAGGUAUUUUUCUGUUAAUAAAUAUACAGUGCAUGCUGAGUGGUUUUCAUGGGUUUUCAAGCCACCUGCUUGAAUAGGGCCUGCUAUUUGGCAGCCAGAGCAUUUUGUAGCAAUAUGUCUUCCUAUUCUUGCCUUCCAUUAUUCAGGUACUGUAUUCUGUCUUUCUUAUGGUUCUUAGGUGUCAACUGGUACAAAUCAAUGUAAGAAGGCAAGCGUUACCAUUCUAGUUCUGAUACAAAAGGAAGACUUCUUACUCAAGAUCUAUAUGCCACAGUUUUACGCAGGCUGAUGUAAACCCAUCACCUUUUCUUAGGGGAAAGAAUUAACCUGGCUUCUCAUACUAUUCUAAUAGUCAUGAGUAUAGGUAGCUGAGCUUUUGUAUAUGCAUUACAGAAUUUUACUGAAAACAGGAUUCCCUAGUGAAGAUGUCCAAAGGGCUCAGUACCCAUAGCUUCUGCAUCAUGCAGUUAAUGUCCAAUUGAAAUGUGUUAAUUGUGUUCUAAAAAUCUAGACUGUUCUAAUCUGUUCUUUCAAAAAUAACCCUUAUUCCAAAAACAUCUGAAAAUACAAAUUGAGUAAAAAAAAAAAUCAAUUCUAAUUCUUUUUCUUAAAUCUACAAAUUGCCAAUAACAAUUUUGGCUUAUAUAUUCCAAUUACUCUGAUGUGCAACAGUUUGAAAGCUUUUUUAAAAUAUAUAUGUACACAUUUAAAACACAAAUUACUUGACUUCUCUUAUUGGGCUAUAAAAUUAGAACUUGUGCACUUUAUUAAAAUUUCCUUGUUAAUAAAUAAGACCAGAUAUCAGCAUAUUUACGGCAGCUGUUAUGGCUCCAUUGCUGUAGCUAUUUUUCCCACCAUUAUGUGAAGUUUUUCUUCUUGCCACACUCCUGUAGAUUAAUGCAAAUGCUGGAAUCUCUGCUGCAGAGUCUGAUAGCUGAUAAAAAUAACUUGUUUCCCCAAAGCACAAAAGAAUAAGCUCAUGGUUCUUUUUUAAACCAGCACCCAGAAAGUAGGAGCAUGAGGGAUGAGAAAACUCCCAUUCAAAACAAAACAUACUGUUCAGAAGAUUAACUUGAGGUUAUCUUCUCAUAUAUUUUGGUGUUGUCUUUUAGAAACAAAUGCUUUCUUCUUCAAAAUGAUCCAAUUUUAAUGCUGUGAACAUACUCUUUGUCAUCCACUUUGGCUCACUAAUGCUUUUAAUAUAGCACAGCAAGCUAGCUAGCCAAUUAUUGACAAAAUUAUUUAGUUCAGACAACCUUAACAUGUUCUGAAGUAAGUUUUGUAGGAUGGCUGUAAAGUUACAUGUUCUUGAUGAUAACACAUUCUUUGAUAAAGAUAUUUAUUCAAAAAGACUGAAAGAACGAUAGCUUAUAUAGUAUGUAUCUCUAGUACUCUUCACAGGAUGUUUGUUUAGUCUAUCAUGAAUAGCCCCAGUUUGUGGAAGAAAUUGUAUCCUGAAAUGUAGAUACAGUAAAUUGAAUAUGACAUAUAAAUAGGAUUAGAAUUUGCAUUUAUAUGAUUUACUUUAUUUUAUGUAUUUUACCUCCCUUAAGAUUAUAAAAGUAUUUGUCCACAUUAACCCAAUCCAUAUAGAGGAUAUAUAAUUUAAAUUAUAAUAAAACAUAACAAAUAUUGCUGCAAAAUAUCACCAAGUUGUUUUGAUUGCCAAAAGUUAACCCAUUUAAAAAUUAAAAUUAUUUCAAAAACCAAUUUUUAAUUUUGUAAAUUUUUUAUGGAAAGUGAUUCUAUAGUGGGAAGAAGAAAAGUCCAGUCACUGCCCCAAAUAAUAACUUUCAUGAUUGAUUUGAUCAUAUAAGCUUAUAUCAUUGCUUGGCCCUGAUUUAUGUUGAGAUAGGGCAGAAAAGAAGAUGCCUGCCUACAAAACCAGCCAUCUUGAUAUCUUAUCUGAAGUGAGAGAAAAGUAUGUUAAAAAGUCCAAAGCUAUUGCUCUUUUUCUGGAAAAAAAAUGUGAAUAUGUUAUUUUUUUAAAUAUAUCUUUGGAUUCCUUUCCCAAAGGCAUUAGUACUGCCCUUGGAUGCUCCCACUCCAAAGUUGCACUUGAUAUUACAAAACAUCUUGCGUUUCUGUGUACUACUAAAAUUCUUGUGUCUGUUUGAUUAUUUUUAACCUUCGUUAAGAUAAGGCAACCAUUUUUGAAUCAACAUAUCUCAAAUGGGCUAACAUAAAGAAUGCAUCCAAAAUCCGGGACUCAUGCUCCCAUGGGAUUUAAAUUUGGUGAAGUUGUGGCCUCUUCAGUGCUGCCACACUGCCACAGACACAUGAUCAUCAUUUCCAACUCUCCUUGCAGCUUCCUACAAGAAAAGUCAAUGGGGAAGCCAGCAGGAAGAUGGAAGCCACUCCUGAUUCCAUAGCUUUUUUAUCAGCCCAUGAUCAUUCUGUUUCUUUGUUUAGGUAAGGAAAUAUCUCUGAAAUGAUGACCCCAAGGGAGGUUUAUUUCAAUGGAAAUACAUAGAAUUCAGUAUUAAGUCAGUUUUUGGUUAUCGGUGUUUUCUUCUUCUUCACUAACUACAGUAUCAAUGCUGUUACUUUCAAUUCACCUUAGAUCUCCAAGCAGCUUUGCUCCCUUAUAUUUUACCAAAGCACUUUAGUUUGCCAUCUCAUCUUUUAUCAAGCUAACCUGUCUGUUUUUAAUCUCACAGAAUCCAACCAAGAUUAUUUCAGUGCCUAAAGAUCAAUAUGCAUGACUGUGUUUGCAUUGUUUUACUGUUUAUUUUGUUUCAAUUAUUUACAGUAAGAAUUUGGGUGGCUUAUAUGCAGCAUUCAUUUUCAGCCUUAUAUUGUAACUUUCACUGCUUUUGAGAAUGUAGAAUAGAAAAAAAAAGUAGUGGUAUUACAGAUAAUGGAAUGUAAUUGAUCUCUUAACCUAUAAAGGUGAGAUACACUCCAAUCUCUUUUCAAAGCUAUCUUCCUUAUACCGUGAGAAAGAGCAUAAGGAAUAUUUGAGUAUAUGAAACAGUGAUGUUAACAGCUGGCCAAUCUUUGAAUUCUAGAAUUUUAAUUUAAUAUUCUGGUUGAGAUUGCAUUAUUUUAAAAUGUUACAAUUUGCCCCGAGAAACUGUAAAAGAGAAAACACUUGUUUAUAUUGCUUUCCUAGCUUCUUAAAAUAUGGUACACAAUAUGGCUGCUAGACAGUGACUACUAUGGGAGAUAUUUUUCUGCACCUUGAUGAUUUAACAAAAAUUCCGAUAUCUCCUGUCAUUUUGAUGCCUUCAUACAUGCAACUAUGCAAAUGUAUAAAUAAGUGGAUAGAUUUAAAAAAAAAUAAUUUCAGCUAUGGGCCUAAUAAUUUUACGUGACGUGUCUGAAGUUUUCUCAGCGGUUAUUCUCAAAUUGCCCUUUGAAAUUGCUUAGCAGGUGAUGGACAGUAGCAGAACCUACGUUUUGCAUUCAAAAGAUUGCCCCCCCCCUCCAUUCAGCUCUUGGCACUGUUAGUCUAAAAUUAAUAGAUAACAGAUAGCUGCUGCCCAGUCCUUGAAACUAUAAAGUCAGCCAGAGUAGCCAGUAUGGAUUAGAUAAGAUAAUUAAAGUAACUUCCCAUUUUCCUAUAACAAAAGUGAGAGGGGGCUUACGUCACAGAAAAUAUGUCCUCUUGAAAAACUUGUGUGCCAAAUGUAAUGUAAUUAGUCUUUAUCUGACCGGACAGUUUUUCAUUUCCCACCUGCUUGUUGUGAAAGUGAGGGCUUAGGGAUGCUACUAAGUUAUUAUUCAACAGCGAAUGCUCAGGAUAUGUAAAAUUCAACUUUGCUUAAUAUAAAAAAGUAGUUUAUUGCUGCUUUAAAAUACUCUUGUGUUGGAUGGACUGCCACAAAUGUUAAAUGUACUCUUUUUCAGACCAAAAGUGAGGAUAAAAAUAGGUAGACCGAAAUUGGAGCUAUUAUACAGACAAAUGAAUUGACAGCAUGAAAAUGUCUACCAGUUUACACAGUUAAUUGUGUCUAAUAUUUUUUUUUUCCUGUUUAUCAAUCAAAAAUAAUAGUUAAAACCAAUGAAUAUGGGGUUUCAGUCAACUCCAAAUAGUAACUUGGUGCUUGGUACAGUUUCCCUCUGUGCAGUGCUUUACUGAUAUCAAUCAAGCCUCAAAAUUGCUUAUUUGUAUAGAAACUGAAAUUGAAUGUUCUAUGGAGGGCAAGUCUGUGUAGGUGCUAUAUAGAAUACCCAGGCUCUGACCUCCUUGUGCUACUCUUAGGCCACUAAACAUUGUUAUUUAUUGCUGUGCCAUAGAAAUGGGCAAGGAACCUGCUUUUAUCCUGUAUAACUGACUGAUCAGUCAUCAUGCUUUGGGAACAUAUUUGUCCAAUGUACACGUUAUGAUGUCCUUUUACUUUUGCAAUUGAUGAGAUUGAGAAAUUCAGUAUGUAUAUUCCAGUGUGUGCCCAACAGUAAUGAUAACCUGUGUCUUGAUUUCAUAAAAACUUCUGGUAGAGCUUUUUUUUUAAAGAUUUCAGUUUUAAGGGCUUUAUUGGACAAGGUGAACUUAAAAAUAUUUUAAGCGCAUGACUUAAUUCUGUUCUGUCAACUUCUGCACUGUGAAUAUUAUAAUUAAGUAUUUUAAAGAAAAUACAUUGAGGGCUUAACUACUACUUCCUGCUUUUUAAUAUAAGGAUCACUUCCAGCAUAAAUGUCUUGCAUCCAUGCAUGGCUCCUAAAGAAUGUGAAUAUGAGAUUCAUUACUUAUUGUGUGAAUUGAAAGGUGCGGGGGGGGGGGAGCUCAUUGUAAUAAAUUUCUCCAAAUAGAAUAGGGCUGUGCAAAUUUCAAAGUAAGUCCUUUUUUUCAACAGACUUGAGUGAAACACCCCAUCAAGCUGCUUCAUAAAAGGAUGAACCGUCCUCAUUUCUAAUGACAAAUUGAAUCACAUUACUUCACUUUUCCUCCCUUGUGAUUAUUGUGCAAAUGCCAGCUAAAGCUGAGAAACAACGCAAACCACCUUGUUGGUCUAUGUAGAUUGUGUGGCCUUUCCUCAAUGAAGGGAAUUGUAUCAUUUCCCCAUUUGAAGUCCUUCAUAGAGGUGAAUCUAAAUAAUCUCACAUAAGCAAAAUUCACAGUGAGGAUAAUCAUUCAUUAAGAGCCAUCCUUUGAAUGUAAAAUAUUAUGCUGAAAUUGAUCUCUAAUGUUGUUGAGACUAAUGCAAAAUGGAGGAAAGUUGAAGCAUUAUUAUGGCUGCAGAAUAUGGUUAUCCUGUAUGGUUUUGAAGUAGCAUUAGGCCACAAAAAGGAUUGAUUAAAUCUUAAUUAACUUCUAGCAAAUUGGCAAGACCAUGUAGCUUUUCGUCUUCCAUUUCAUGAAAGUUUUAAGCCUAAUCCUAAAUAUUUGCUCGUGGUUCUAGUAUGAUGCUAAGCGUGUUGUGCUGUGGGUAUACCUCAUUUCAAGCACCAGUGUGUCAGAUGCAUUAAAGUUUAGGAUUAGGCAGUGCAUAUCUAUAAUACUUUUUCAAUAAGUGAUUCCUAUUGGAAGCAUGCAAGCACUCCAUAUUUUAUAAGCAUUAAAUUAGAAUCCCAGGUCUAGAAACCCAUAACAUUUGAAAUUAGACUUAGAUCCCGUUCUCUUACCCUUGCCAUUUUUAUCAGAUGAUGGAUGGAAAGAUUGCUUCUUUCCUUACAAUUUGCUGUUGCCACUUCUAGAAAGAAUAGUUUCUAACGAAAGGGAGUUCUGAUUGUGAACAGUUUGGUAAACUCCGGUUUUGAAAUAUUUAGUUAUUUUAAAAUAAAAUAACUCCUUCCCUGCUGAGACGAUUCUGAACUCUAGCAGAGCUAUUGCAUGUGAACACAAUAUUUUCCAACCAGCACCUUUUCUCCUGGCAGAGAGUUAGUCUUUGGGCACUUGGAAAAUGGGGGGGAAAUCAUUGAAUUGCCAAGGCACUGAACCACCUUGUAUUGUAUUAUUUUCUCUCUAGCUCUCUAAAAUGUAUAUCUUCUACAGUUUGUAUGAGAAAAUAGUUUUUUUCACUGGAUCCAAAACCUCCAGAGGUUCAGGAUAAAUGAGGAUGUAACGGGACACCCCAUCUUGAAAUGAUGGACUAUGAAUCUGUUAUUUAAGACAAGUAGGAUAACCUUUUAACAUCCAUAAAAUGCCAUUAAUUCAAUGUGAUGGAAAAAAUGGUCAUCCUUUUCCAAGAAGAAAUACCUGUUAAAUGCAUCAGUACUAUGAACUCUGUACAAAAUCAGUCUGUGUAAACUUGUGUGGUGUUUUAUUUCAUAUUCUAUUCUUUGGUAAAAGGUACAUUGGUUGUGUUCAGUUUUCUGAUCCAGAAACAAAGACCAAAGAAGGCCAACCUCAUUUGAUUGUGUAUAUUCUGCCUGUUUUAAUUAUAGAUAGCUAUAAAGGAUACAGUGCAAGUAAGUGAAUCUGGUAAUCAAUGAUUUUUGUAUUUUCUUUUUAAAGGAAAGGAAACUUUGAAGUGUAUAAUUUAUUGCUCAGCAAUACAAUGUUGUUAAUAACUAUUAGCAACAUAUCCUAAUUUCCUAAUUUAGCAUUAUUCUAUGUUGUCCUUCAGUUUGUUGUAUUGUUAUUUGAUAUUUAUUUGUAUUUGAAGGUCUUGCUCUGUCUUGUGUUUUGAUGCUAAUAAUUGAGAACAGUGUGUAGAAUGCAAAACUUUGAAAUGCUGAACUGUAUUAAAGGAAAAAAAUAAACCUAAGUAGGAAGUCAUAUUUUUUAAGAAACAGAAUUGUGUUUUAAUUUUUUCAUGUUACGUUGAUGCACAAAAUUAAAAUAUCCUUUUAUCUA